UUAUCACAUUCCUCCUCUAAUCACAAAGGCCCAGCGAGCAGCUUCCUUUGCUGCAGACGUGAAGGAAUCCUGCUGCUGCUGCACUAACAGCUGUGGUGUGGCCAGUCUGGCUUUGUGCAGAGCGGCUGUGGACUUCUUGCCAUGCGUGGAAAGUGACACUUCUGCUGUCAGCCCAUAUAGUCAUGACAUUCUUUGUAUUUAUUCAUUACAAUCCUUCUAGGAUAUUCUCUCAUGCUGUAUUGUGUAUGUCUAUGUCUUUUUUUUUUUCAUUUCCUCUCUGAGCAUCUCUAAUUCUGAGCUUUUUGAUUUAAAUGAAGUUUUCCAUGUAAACUGUAGCACUUGCUUAUGAAGUCUACUUAAGCCUUACAUGAUGGUGAGAACUUGACUUGAGACAUACUUUCUUUGAAGUCAACAUGUGUAUGUCUGAGGUAGUAAAACACUGAGGAUGGUUAGAUGAAGUUAAUUAAUUGAAUUAAGAAAAGAAAAUAAACUGUUAGAUUGGUGCAUUUGUAUAAACUAAGUUUAAGGCCAAAAAAUUCCUUGUAAGACUAAUCUCUAUAUUAAAUUGCUAAUGCUAUGGUAUUCAAUAUAAAGUGGUGACUGCCCUUUAAUAGGAAGAGGACUUCCUUGGUUGUCUCUUUUAGCUAUUAAAAUUACAUCUCAGCUGUCUGUUAAUAAUUUUCCAGAAUCACCAAUUUCAGAACUUUACUUUUUACUUCUAAUUUUCACUGUAACAUGUGAUUUCUUCUAAUACAUGUUUUUUCCUGUCAUUUACAUGCAAUGCUAAAUUUUCUCUCUUAAUGUGGUGUUUUUCUUUGUUAUAAAGCCCUGCUCUUUUUAAUAAUUUUUCUUGGUCUGUUAAAUGGUCAGUGUGUUCUUUUAGCAGGCUUAUUCCUUGAAUGGAUAUUCUGAAAGACACAUUGUACAUGUCUAAAAAGGUACUGUGGGGUUGAAGCCCUAGAUAAAACUAAAGCCUGAGUAUAUAAAAAAAAGAUUGUUAAAAUGUCAAGAUAAUGAAAAGUCAGAAAAUAAAUUAUACCUAUUAUUAAUUUUGAAUUGUAUUCAAACAUAGAAAUAUGUAUCAUAGACAAAAGCUGAUUACAGAGAGAUAAAAUUCAAUUUUACACUAGGAUAAUUGUUUUAUGUAUUUUACAUUUAUUUAUAAGAUCAGAUAAAGGCCUGGAAUUCUCGAUAUAAAUCACAGUAUGGUCCUGGUGAAUGCCAAGGUCAGUAAAAGGAACCCCCUUCACUUGCAAAACACAUUGCUACUGCAGAAAAUAUGAGGUAAAUAAAAUGAAACUCGUAAGCACCAUCUUUUCUACUACACAUUCUUUACUUGCCAUUAUUAUGUUAGAUCUUAGAGUAGUUUUAGGUUUUCAAAUGAGUGAAUAGGUAUCAAUGCUCUCAGCAUCCUCCCAUAUAUUAUCUGUAGCCAAAUUCACAUACCUUUGCUAAGUAGAGAUUAAUGCAAAACUUACUUGAGGUUUGUGAGUGAGAAUAGAUCUGUUGUUACUGUAACACUGUGAAAUUAGAUUGGCCCUUUUCAAAGGCUCUUGCAUGUGCUGGAGAUGUAGUUGAUGGAUCCAAAUGCCACAUAGAUGAUGGAGCCCAUGAUUUAAUAGUACAUUUCUGUAAUAAAUCACUUCCUAUCAAGAAGGCUUAUUUUUUCCAGAAUCAAAUCUCUGGUAUGUCUUCAAGAGAAGGAAAUGUAACUAUUUUUUAGACUGGAAAGGACAAUAAAAUGGAUUCUAGGUUCUCACAAAAGUGACUUCGUGUUGGGUACCUCAGGUGAGCAUCUGGGUCAGCUUGAACUAAAGAAGACACCCUCUCAGUAAUUGAAUUUCAAGUCGAAAUUUGGAACAUGUAGAUGGUGAACUGAAAUGGCUGCCAUUCAUCUUACCACACACAUUUAAUAAAUAAGCUGUAGUGUUCAGUGAUGAGUUUUUUCAUGUGUAGUGUGUUGGAGCUUUUGAGUCCUAGGACAAUAAAAAACAGAGUCCUUGACAUGGCAUCCACUUCACAAAAAAGUGUUACUAGACCUGACAAGUAUUUCAUCAAGCUGGACAUUUUUCGCAAGUGAUGGCUUCCAGAAAAUGUCUUUAUGACCUGACAUUUGGCAGCAAGGAGUUCUGCACUUGCUGCUUUUUACAGAGUCUAGCUUUUUUGGGCUUCUAUCAAAAGUACCAAUGUCACUGAGGUCAGGAAUUUGCACUGUUACUCAGUUAGAUUAUGUCAGAGAGUUGUGGCAGUAAAUACCAGUGACUACAUCUAUAGGGCGAGGAACUGGUGUCACUGAGCAGCUCUUCUGGGUAAGUGCUGGCAUUACAAAUGGUCUUUUGUUUUCUUCCAGAAUUGUAAGUUUUUUAUAAGCCUGUAGCUUGUUCUGCUUCAGCCAAGGAAGGGCCAGUGCUGCAGGGUCAGAAUCUGAUCUUUGAUUUCUCAGGUAGAAUUCCCAGUAAAUGGUUUCGCAUGCUCUGUGGUUUGACAGCUAUGGAGUUCUAGUAUAGUGCUUGGUAAGUCAUCUGCUGGGCUGGUGAUGAGAUUGCUGAGGUCUGCUUCCAUGUAAUAAGGCUUUCUUUCCAAAUGCUGAAAAUUUAUUAGACUGCAGAAGUACAGAUACAGAAAUGCAGCUACCUGUGAGAAUAGAUUCACCCUCCUUUUUUGAUACAAUUGGUUUUUCAGGAUCAUAGUGAGGCCAUUCCUCAGUCAAUACAAUUGUGAAAGGACAGUAACCAACCACCUGUUGGUUCAUGUAUCCUGAAAUAUAAAAGAAUGAAGCAUCCAUGAAGGAUUCCUUUUUCACAGAGGUUAUGGAUUAGGGUGCCCUGGGUGUGUCCAGAGACUGUUAUUGUGGCAUGUACACCAUAAACACCAUUUAAGCAUGUUUAAGUUAGUUUUCUGCACUACAGCAGCAUAAAUGGAGGGUGAUCUAAAUAUGCCUGGGAACAAUCUUGAGCUUCUUGCUUUAUGGACUCAGAAUUUGAUGGUAGCAAGAAUAAACAGAGUUGUGGGGUAUAACACUUCGCACAAUGUACUGAAGGUGACUGCUGUGCAGGUGUACAAGGUAACUCUAAUUAAAACAGUUUCCCCUUGAAAUGUAAUUUUGUUCCUCCUCUUCACUAUCCAGUGGUAGACUAAUAUUUGUCUCCCGAAUGUUUUUCCAGGAUCUGAAGUGGAAUUACAGUAUCUGAAGGUUACUAAAUAUUAGGCAAAAAUUAUAAUUCUCUUCAUAGUUUAAAAGUAUCUUUCAUAUUUCAAAAACCCUCCUGGAUGUACAAUUCUUUUGGCAAACAUUCACUGUCUUGCACUAGAGAGAAAACUUACUAUAAAUAGCAUAGGCUGCUUUCAUAGUGAGGUUCCUCUCCAGUUGUAUCCAAAUUUACCUUAAAAGUUAGCAACAACCAAAAAAAAAAAAAAAAUCAAACUAGGUACUUUAUGGAGAAUCUCUUUAGUGUAACAUUUGACACUUUCUUUCCAAUAAUACAGCCAUUCAGGUCAUUAGAGAGGUUGGGGAAAUUAAGUAUUAUCUGUAUAUCUUCAGCUCUUAAAAAUCCCACAUGUAAUAAAAACCAGUGAUGGAUUUUUUUUAAACUGUAAUCCUGUAGAAUAUAAUUAUGUAUGAAAGUGUCACUGUUUAGUAAUGCAGGAAUUAUACUGUAAAUAAAAGAAAAAUUUUGUUCUACGUGCUAUAGAAAUUCAUUCAGAUUAAACUCCAGGUUUAAGGAAGGUCAUAAAAAAUACCAGAUGUUAUCAAAAAUGUUUUGAAAAAAACCUUUAGCUCAUCUGAUUAAAGAAAAAUGUGAUCAGAGCAUGAGUUGCUCAGUAUGGGGUCUCUGGACUUCUCAAGUGUCUUGAGAAACAGGUUUUUAGGAAGAUGUCUAUUCAUGGAUGUCCGAGUGUAGGUGUGUUUUUUCAAUCUGUCCUGAAAGCACUGUGAAAAACCUUAUAAAUACUGAACUACAUUUUCCUUAGGUUCAGUUUGUAUAUAGUAUCUUUGAUAAAAAAUAAAAAUAAUGUUACUCCUCCAUAAAGUUCAGUGUGAUGAGUAAAUUAAAUUGAAUUCACUUAACUCUUUUCAGGCAGACAGCAAGUUAUUGUAAGAACAGCAACCUUUUCACAACACCUCCUUUCCCAAACCUCACUGCUCAACAGAUGCACAGUCCAGCUGAAGAACUGAGUACAGUGGAAUACGUUCUUUGGAUAAGCAGAAAUAUGAACAGAAAUAACUGAUUAGAUAUUGUGGCUUUAAAGUCUGGAAGGAGUUUAAAGAAGUUGAAUUUGGAGACCACUGAAAGCAGUGUCAAAGGGUCAUAACUUGUACCAGAAAAAUUAUGCCUUUCCUUUUUUUCUUUACAUUUAAGUCUGGACGUGUUAAGAUUUGCCUUUGACAGUAAGGAGUUACGAAAGCACAACACUAAAAAAAAAGUUGCUUUCAUUCAUAAUGAGUUUCAGAAAAUAUUUCAGAAGACUUUCUUCUUUCUUCUCAGUUGGACUGUGAAAUAGGAAGUUAUUUAGAAGUUUUCUUGAUGUUAUGAUUGCAUAACAUUAUGAUGUUAUAUGCACAGAUGCCUUAGUAGUGUACAUUCCUAACUUUGUCAGGUGUUCCUUCAGCAUGAAAGGGGAGAUAGAACUCUGUAGCCUGCAAGUCAUGCAACUUCACAAUGUCCAGGGAUAUCUUCAGAAUUAUUCUGAGUAUUUGAACUGCAGGCCAGAUGUUUCCUUUUUUAAAAUCUUCUAUUUUAUCUACACUUCUGUAGCUAUGAAGUCUUGAUUUCUUUUUAUCUUUUAGUGAUGCCAAGCAGUGAACUACAUAGUAACUACAACAUCUGACAAAGAAGCCCCAAAAUGUUCAGCACAAAUAUGUGCAAGAGAAAGUAGCCAUCAAAAUGAGCCUGGGUUUCAGAAGUACUAAGGAAGGCUUUUUCUUCCUUCAUCUAAAAAUACUUCUCCAAAUCAGCACUCCAUGUAUGAAGAUUUAAGAUUAUAUCAUCUGUUUAUUUAAGCUAAUCCAAAAGUAAAUGAGGAACUUAGGAAAAGAUUGCCAACUUCAAAUCAACACAGUUACACAGAAUUGAAGAAGCAUACAGCUUCAUUUGAGGGAUUCUUUUAAGGGACUCAAUGUUCUGCGAUAUGAGCUCUGAAACCUUCAAGCAAAAACUGGACUCAGUGCCAGAUCAAACAAGUUCAGAGGAACAAAUGGAGAACUGGUCAAAAGAAACACACAUCUUGGAUCAGAAAAAAGAAGACUUUUGUGCUGGACUUCAGUCUUAUAAAAAUUCUCACAAACGCACAGAAUUUUUCAUCCAGGCAGAAACCGAAGCACCGAAACUUUCAGAUUUGCAAGUAACCUGUCAAAGAGGAGGAGUCCUAACUGACUGUAAUUCUGGUUCUGAAGAAUCAAGCAGUGUAGAAAGAAAGGAUAGGAGGAUGCUCCCUGAAUUUAUAUCCUCGUGGAAUGGUGCUGAAGAUUUAGGUGGAAGAACAGAAACUUCAUUCCUUUUAAAAGAAUUGGACACUCUGAGGGCCAAAAAUAAAAAGCUUCAAGAUAAGCUGGCUGAAAAAGACAGGGAGCUGAAGACAAUGAAACUGGACUUAGAAUUGCAAGACAGAGCUACAGAAGCUAAGAUUGCAGAAAGGAUUGCAGCUCUGGUGGAAGAAGUUUAUUCUGCUCAACGGGAACGUGAUGAAGCUGUCAUGGCAAGGCUUAGGUUAGCCAAUGAAGAGAGAGAUGAAGCAUUUCUGCGGGUCCAGCGUUUAGAAGAGUCUCUCAAAGAGCUAGAAAAUAUUAACCCUGAAGAAAAUGACAUGACAUUACAGGAAUUACUGAACAGAAUAAACAAUGCAGACACAGGGAUAGAUAUACUGAAGAAUGGAGCUAUAAUUCUGAACCGAAUACACAGGACCAAAGAACGUAAAAAGAAAAUAAUAGCUGAGGAAAUGAAUGCAGUAAUAGAGCAACGGGAUGCUGCUUUAUCUCAAGGUGUCCUAUCCCCUGUACAUGAAGAAUGGAAUUGCAGGGUGAGAGCAGUGUUGGUAAUUGCCCAGUGCAAACGGCUGGAGCAGGAGCUUCAUCAUCUGAAAGAGCAGAACCAGACUUCAGCAAACAACACGAGACAUAUGACUGCUGAAAACAAUCAAGAACGUGCUCUGAAGGCAGAAUUGAUAGCUUUGCAACAAGAAAAGGAAGCUGCUCUUCAACGGUGCAAAAAACUAGAAGAAGAAAUCCAAACACUGCGUGUUUAUUACAGGUUAUACAAGUCUUUGUCUGAAGGAUUGAGUCUGAAGAACCAGCCUAGCUGUGCUUUCAGUACUUCUGAAGGUGGACUGCAGGGAAGGGAGGAUGUUGUGACCCUAACCUAUGGCCAGAUUGAAGAUCUGGCAGCUCAGCUGCAGCAAACUCGAUCUGAGAAAAAGGACACUGAGCUGAAGCUCCAGAAAGCCCUGGAAGCUUCUCAGGAGGCCAAUGAAAAAGUUCAAAAGUUGGAAAGGCUGGUGGACGUCCUGAGGAAGAAGGUUGGAGCAGGGACCAUUAGGACCGUGAUCUGAUUGAAAGCUGUAGUCUAAGGAAGCUUUCACAUCUGGUGACCAGGCUGCUUCAUUCAGCACUGUGUAAACACUGAAGCCUUAACUUAGCAAACAGUUGUUAGAAGUGGGACACUCCAGCGACAUUCCAAGCUGAGAUAAAAUCAAAUCAUAAAUGUUUAACUACUUUGCUGCUGAGUUCUGUGAUUUGUUAAAAUGUUUCACUGCAAACAUGUGUUUGUUUUUAACCAAAUGUAUUGUCGCAUGGUGUAUUGUGAAAAAUUAUGUAGAUGCUUAUUUUAACAGUCUGUCCUCUCGGUGUUAAGACUAUAGUCUGCUGCAAGGCACAGCAUGGUCAUUUUUUUGAAUACUGCAGACUUCAGGUUCAAAAUGCUGCAAAGCAAUUUCAAGAUUUAAAUCCCUUAUUUUAUUUGUGAGGCUGCAAAUAGUCCAGUAUUUGUAUGGUAAAUAUAUUAAUUGAUAAAGUAGGUUGGCAUUCAAGACAUAUCUCUGGCUGGUAUAGUGGGUAUUUUUUCCUCCUUACUCACAGCCCAUUGAAUUGCAGGUAGUAACUGUGGCUACAUCAAAGGGCAGGAUAAAUGUAUACCUUUAUACAACAGUUGAAUAGCUUCUUCUAGUACAUGGCAUUUUCAGUGUACCUUAAAAUAAAUUUGCAUUUAGAUUUCACUGGAAGUACAGCUUAAAAAAUUGCAACCUGAAAGCCUUGUGACAUUGUACAGUAUCUCAGACAGUGGAGAAAGUUUCCUGCAUUGUUUUUAGUCACUCCUCUGUGCUUUUAAAUGAGGGAAAAGCUUUCGGAUUUCAGAAAGCACCUUAUAAAAUAAAAAUUCACCUUUACAGUGUUUGCCUCUUCUCAUCCCAUUCCUACAAAACUCUUGAUUGCCCUGCGUGUGCAGUAGUACCAUCCAGGUUGGGUUUGAGGCUAAACUGUCAAUCCUCAGCUUUUUGGACUCAUGAGGUGCCUUAGGACUUAAAGGCUGAAGCACAGAAUCCUACAGGGAGGGGAGAAACUGAGGGCUGAGGGGGAAAAUUUGGGGUACACUGACAUUAUAGACUCUAAGAUACAUUACAGUUGAGUUAUGUUUGUGACCCAGCCAUCUCCCUGUAUGAACAGUCAGGCCAGUACUCAUAUAAUCCUGCACAAGAAAGCAGCUGUAAUCUCUGGGAAUCCCAAAUUCAAUAAAGAAUCUCAGCAGCCAGCUGGGCUUUAGUGUCUCCUCAGGACCAGCCAACUCAGACAAGGUGGAUGUAGCUCCUGAGGCUUUCACAUAUCUGCUUUGCUUUGUGUUUAAUGUUGUUACAUGGUUUUACCUCUUAAUGUUUGCUUGUUCAGAUGUUGUGAUAGUGCAGUCUAUCUGGAGAAAAUGAAAUUUUAAUUUUAGGUGUAGAGAGAGGCAUUUUAAUGUCUUGUUUUUUCUUUCAAACACUUAAAUGUUAAACCUUCUUCAACUGCAGACCUAAGCCCCUCCUAGUUUCAGUUGACCAAACCUCUUGCAGGGAGAUAAGUAGCAUCCCUCCAAGCCACAUUUACCCAAGUCACUUCUAGAAACUUCUGAAGUGCUCCUUUUUGACCUUUGGUCAAUCCUAAGAUAGCCAGUGAGUCUGGAGCCUCUCCCCCACACCUAUUCAGUGGGAAGAAAUUUUAAUGCUUUCAAACCAGAGGAUUGCCACCCCCCAGAUUCCAGCCCCUUCACCAUCUCCUGUGUGUUGCUGUUCAGCUCUUUGGGUGACUCAACAGCUAUUUGUCCUGCUGUCCUCACUGAGAUCUGUGCACAGAGUGGAUGGCAAGAUCUCCUGAGCAGUCAGUGCUAUUGAACCAUUCCUGCUGUAAGGAGGUAGUGAAGACCAAAGCCCAAAGACUACCUUUGGCAAUAACAAAUAGAAGAUGCCCAGGAAAGGGUAUAAAGUCAGGCCAGCUCUAGUGACCACUCUCCCAACUGGUGUCCCAGUAAUUUGUUAGUUGAAGGCUUUCUAAGCCAGAGGUGGUGUCUUUGUAUUUAGCAGCAUUUUUUCAUGACAUGUUUUUUAAUCCAUUUAAAUUGUUUGUAUCUACUUGUUCCUUUCACAAGGUCUUAUGCAGUUAAUGAUGCAUUGAGUGAAAAAAUACUUCCUUUUCUCUUAUGAACCUGCUCUAUUCAUUUGCUAUCAUCUAGUUUUUGUAGGAGAGAAAUGGUGAGGAACCAUUCCCUGUUCAUAUUUCCAUGUCCCAUGUGAUUUUACAUAUUUGGCAUAAUUUCCCCCACUUUUCCAGAGAGAAUCCCUAGUCUCAUUUAAAGGAUAAGGAUCUGUCCUAUGUUUUUAAUUGGCCUUUUCAUACUAAUCUGGGGUUUUUUUUUUAGCUCUAGAUGCAACACAGUUUGUGCCUAGUGUUCAAGAUGUAGACAAAAUGUGACUUUAAUGGUUGUCGUAAUGAUGUUGUCUAUUUUAUUCUCUGUGCUAUUUGUAACCAUUUUUAGCAUUGGACUUGCUUUAUGACAUAUUAUUUAUUGGUAUUAAUAUUUCUGUAGUAAAAUUACUAUUCUAGGUCUCCUUCUUCAGUUGUAAUGUUCAGCUCAGAGUUCAUUGUAGCCUGCAUGAAGACAGAACUGAUUAACUGAUUGUUUUCUGAUUAACACAGCAUUUAUGGGUACUGAAUGUCACCUGUUGUUUUAGCAUUCCCUGGUGACCGUGAGCUCUUAUUCCAUCUAUUCUCACAGCUCCUCUUUAAUACUCACAAUAGCAAAGUAUCAUCAGCAUCUCCUAGCUGAAUAUGGUGAUAUGAAAUACUGCCAUCUCCAAAUUAACCCUCUCUUCAAGGUGAUUUCUUAGUUAAGUUAAACACGGCCUCUGGGACAAAGAUCCCUGUAGGACAAUAAGGUAGCUUUUCCUUCACUGUGAGAAUGAAACAUUUUUCAGUGUAAAAGUAUUAGUUAUUGCUUGGUAGCUUGUAUGAGGAAGUUGUUUGCUACUUUGAAAAUGCAAGUUUAGUAAAUCAGGGCUUGUGCUCUAUGCAUGAAUGUGCAAAGUUCCUCCUUCCCCUUGGAGUGUCAAGAGCUCCUCACCUUUCCCCAAGUAUUUCUGUGUCCAAGUGAAUAAUCUUGUGAAUGCAGGCUUCCUACAGCCAGACUGUUUGACCUCCAGCCUCUUGUGUCCAUUGGCUUUGUUUGGAAAAGUAGGAUGGGCCAUGCAAAAGCCAUCUAGCAGGCUUGGUGUCAGAUACGUCUGAUUGCAGGUAAUACUUGAUUUGGUAAAAUUAAUUUAUAGUUUUGCUCCAUAAUUUUCCUUUUGACACAUUAUGCCCAAGGUGAAAAAAUAGUUCUUGAUUCUGUCUUUUGUAUUGCACCAAGCAGCCUGGAAUUCAGUGAUAAUUUAGGUUAGGGUGUUUUGUCAUAAAUGCAAAAUAUGGAUAAAUGUAUGGAUAAAUUUUAUUUGUAAUUAAAUCAGAUGUGUUGAUUUUUAAAAUUCAGCUGGAAAUGUUUUUAUUCUUUGGAAAGGACCAUGGGAAAUUUACUAUAUUGAGAGUAGAAAGAUUCAAAACCAGUUGAGUUCUCCCUCUUCCUUACUAACAACCCAGUGUGUGGUCUUUGGCAAAUUCCUUAGUGACUGUCGUUAAAGGUAUGCAGUCCCUGAAGAGGUUCCUGGGCUCCUCCAGGGUGUUUGCAAAAGUAUCUAUGUGGUUAAUGUCAAAACACUUUCACUUCUUCACCUGCUGAAGUGAGCAGCAUAAAUCACAUAGGUCUGGUAGGAGAGGCCCAGCCUUUAGUGCCCUCAGCAGAACUUCUGGUCCUGUUGAGCCCAGCCUAACUUUAGCCUUUCGGUGUAAUGAGGGCAGGAAAUCUGCUCUGGUCAGUAGAAAGAGGCGAUAACGACAGCAUGGGUUAACGGCCUUAUCAUAUGGUUUAUUCAUUGAGAACUGAUUGAUGCCUGUGCAGAGCUCUGAAAGUGGAAAGAAGCCUGCUCCCACACAACAGACAAAUGCAAUUGUCGCUUCUGUCCUAAUAUAUGUGAGAAAGAUGAGAUUGCAUCCGAUUAUGUACCAGGAGUAGCAAUUCAUUUCCCUCCUGAUGGAAAAACAGUUCAUGAUGAAAGGUGGCUCGCCAUAGGUGAGUCUUAUGGUGACAGUUGUAAUUACUGGUCAAAUUAGGUUCCCUGCUGUCUUGAAUAGAACAGAGAUACUCAGAAAUGUUCUUCCCCUGUGAGAUUUGGUGUCUUUCUCUUGAUGAUCCUGCAGUGCAUUACAUGUUGGGAGCCAUUUCUGGUAUAUGCCAGGGUAAAAUAUGUAAAUAGCAUCAUGUUGGCUCGGGAUAAGAGCAUUAUUAAUGCUUUUCAGCACUGUAAUUAUAUUCCUAGUAAGCCUUCCCUAAGCCCUCACUAAUUAACAAUAUUGUGACAAAUCAACUUUAACAGAAAAGAACUGUGGCCCUUUAGUCUUUUAGUACUAUUUUUCAUGCAGCCCGCAGCUGAAAACUGGUGGCAUGGCUUUCUCUACUAGUGUUGGGAAAACUGCUGAUACUGAAAAGUUUAAAGCCAGCUCAGUCUUCUUAGUGGAGUACUGUAGCUGAAUUCUGUUUGGUUCUUCUUUGAAUACAUUCAUGGCAAAGUAAAAUUCAUUAGUUAAUCAUUAAUAUUAAGGAAUAUUAAAACUGUUUUUAUAAAUAAGCUAUCAUAUUGAAAUUGUUUGGUGAUGUCAGUAUGUUGUCAGGUACACAUUUAUUUAUUUAUUUGUUUAUUCCAAUUCAGGAACAUUUUACAAGAUUACCUUUAUAUAUAGUCUUAGCAGGUGUUGUAACAUCUUUAAACCAUCUACACAAAUGAACUUGCCAUCCAAAUGUCAGGAUUUCUCUGUGCCUUUAUUUCUUUCAAUUAGAAUAAGACUGUUGGUUUUGAUGGGUUUUCUUCUUCUUAACUUCUACUGCUGAAGAUUUUCCUCCAUGCAAGAAUCAGCUGUGAGGCACAUGAAAUCACUGCUGGGCAGUUUCUCCUGCUGCGAUCGCAGCUUUACACGGGCUGACUCUUAUCACUGUAACAUUUCACAUCGGGUCUGCACAACUGGACUUUCUCUGUUUGUUCUUCUCAUGCAUUGGUAAAUAAAAUGUAUUCACAAGUUCAAAAAGACAAAGUAGUGUUCUCAUAUUAGGUCGAUUAUAAGUCAGCUGUUGGGCUUCAGUGUUCUAAACAUUUCAUUCUUCAGUUUUGUUGGGAGCCCACGUGUUCUGGGAGGCUUUUAAACAAAUACUUGAAAUGGUUGAAAGAUUUACAUUGCCAGUGCCUAGCUAAAUAUGUAGUCUUUAGAAAAGACAUGGUUUAUUUUGGCACCAUUUGACAAACUCAAAUAUUUUAAACAUUUGUUAAGUUUGAGCUUGCACAUUUGAACUAAAAGUUUGCAUUCCAAAAUUGCAUCUCAGGUUACCUGUCUCCCUCUCUUUUGUAUUUUAUAAUCCCUUUAUUAAAAUAGUCUACAAAAG